CUUUUGAUGAAAAUCGAUGUUAUGAACCGUUCCUGGCCCAUGGAAAUUUCAGCACAUCAGACCCUCUGUAUCGUACAGGGACCAUUGUAGAGUUUGCUUGCAGUGCAGGAUACAUUCUUGAGCAGGGUCCUUCGGCCAUUGAAUGCAUUGAUUCAAGAGACCCCCGCUGGAACGAAAGCGAGCCCACCUGCAAAGCAUUGUGUGGUGGGGAGCUCUCUGAGCCAACAGGUGUUGUACUUUCUCCUGACUGGCCCCAGUCUUAUGGAAAAGGUCAAGACUGCGUAUGGGGCAUCCGGGUGCAGGAGGAGAAGAGGGUGCUGCUAGACAUUGAGAUCCUCAACAUCCGCAAAUCUGAUGUGUUGACUGUUUUUGACGGAGGAGACUUAACUGCCCGGAUCCUCGGCCAGUACCUGGGCCCACAUCCUCGGUUCAGCAUUUACUCUUCAGGCCCAGCAGUCACCCUGCAGUUCCAGUCAGACCCCGGUGACCCCCUUUUUGGUCUCAGUCAGGGGUUCCUAGUGCACUAUAAGGAGGUUCCACAAAAUGACACUUGCCCCAAGCUGCCAGAGGUGGAGUUUGGUUGGCGCACAGCUUCUCAUACUGCUGUUAUCCGCGGCACAGUCGUAACCUACCAAUGUGAGCCAGGCUACGACAUUGUGGGCUCCGACAUUCUCACCUGCCAGUGGGAUCUGUCAUGGAGCAACAGCCCACCUACCUGUCAGAAGAUUAUAAAUUGUGCUGAUCCUGGAGAGAUUAGCAACGGCAAGAGGAGCAUCACAGACCGACAUUUCUCCAUUGGCUCUCACGUCCAGUACUUCUGUCAUGAAGGCUACGUAGUGGAAGGGAGCACCACACUCACCUGCUACAACCGGGAUACGGGCACCCCUAAAUGGAGCGACCGAGUGCCCAAGUGUGUCUUGAAAUAUGAGCCUUGCCUGAACCCCGGUGUUCCAGAGAAUGGGUACCAAACUCUUUACAAGCAUCACUACCAAGCAGGAGAGUCCCUGCGCUUCUUCUGCUAUGAGGGCUUUGAGCUUAUAGGGGAAGUAACAAUCACCUGCAUACCAGGACAUCCAUCCCAAUGGAGCAGCCAGCCACCCCUCUGCAAAG